UUGGACACUUUUCCGCUGUCCAAUAUUUUAUUUAGUUUUGUUUGUAAAAAUGGAUUAAAGCCAUUGACGCCGUAAAUAAGUUCGUCGCCGAGUGUUCCAGUUGUGCUCAUUAAAAUAAUUUAUGAAGUUUUAACUGUGAACUAUUAAAUGUUUGUGUAAACAUGUUGUCGAGAUUCCACCAUUACCAUGGCUCGAAUAUAAUUUUAUUUGAAGAAAAUACGGUUGCUUACCGUAAAGCAAGCUUUGCUCAUGGCCUGACCUUCAGUGAAAAGCCUCUGCUUCCCGGGGAAAUAUUCUUAGUAGAGAUAGAAAAAACGGAGCGCGGAUGGAGCGGUCAUAUGCGGCUCGGUUUGACCCUGUUGGAUCCUCAGACCGCAGCUCUUGGUGAUAAAGGUCUGCCACAGUAUGCUUUGCCCGAUCUAGCGAAUACUGGAAUGUCAUGGAUAUUCCCUAUCUCGAAAUCGCAGAACAAUGUUCUCAUUGAGCUUGUGAAUCAGGGUGCUAGUGGAAGACGAGAGAGUGAGCCUCGCGUCUCCGUGCUGGGGGAUGGCCAUAGUGUUAGGACUCCCCGUGGUUACAUUUCAAAGAGUAUCCUAAAGCCACAAAUACCUACCCAGAAUGGGACACCGCAAGGCAUUCUACCAAUGGAUGCAGGCAGCCGCAUUGGUGUAAUGUUUGUUCCGUGUCCUAAAACGAGCCGGGACGAGAAUGAUAUGGCCGAAAUGCACUUUAUAAUCAAUGGUGAAGACCAGGGACCUUGUACGAAAACUAUUCCUUACAAAAGAGGCCCUUUGCAUGCUGUUGUUGAUGUUUAUGGGACUACCAAGCAAGUUAAGAUAGUUCAACUUUAUGGAGUGAAAACGCUACAGAAUGUGUGCAGGGAUGCAAUUCUACAAUACGUCAAGGACAAACCUAGUUCAGUGAAAGCGUUACCUUUGCCAAAAUGUUUGAAGGACUUUCUACUCUCUUAGACGUUUUAAGACCGGGUUAUGGAGAUGACAAUAAUCAAGUGAGUGGACCUCAUGAAUUGUAAUCUUUUUGAAUGGUUGAGUGAUAUUUUAACAGUAAGGCUUGUUUUAGAAUCACGCUGACGCACGCUGACCGUCAGCGCUGAGAGCUGAAAUGUAUGAAGCGUCGGCGCCGAACGAUCAGCGUCAAUCAGGAACGUUCCCUUCAAUUACAUACAUAUUGAACUGUCAGCGCUGACGAUCAGCGAGGGGUCAGCGCGACUCUAAAACCAGCCUUAAUAUAGCUAGUUAUAAAGAUCUUGUUAUAAUUGCAAUAUUUCUUUGUUUACAAGGUUAUGUAUAGGGCAAUUCUGAUUACACUUGGAGGUUGAGAGUGAGAGUUAGCAUUUAUCACUCUUUUGUAUAUUUAUCUUUGUUGAUACGAUUAAGAAAGGAUGAAGCAAAUGUACUUUUUAUAGUAAAAUGUACAUAAUGUUUUGAAAAAAUGGAUUUCCAAAGGUGAUAACUGAUUUUUAUAUUUUAAAUAACAAUUAUGGCCCUUCUUGUUGACUUAUAUGAUAGAAAUGCAUUACUAGAUUACCAUUACAGUAGAAUCUCGAUUAUCCGGACUUCGAUUAUCCGGAUAUCCGAUUAUCCGGACUCAUUCUUCAUGGUUUCUAAUUACCGAUUUAGGGUCAGAGGUGGAAUUGUGUAAAUCAAUCGUAAUCAUUUGACAGUUCAUAACGUACGAUAAAGUCAGUUAAACAAAGCAUUUGACAGAAUAAUCGUACGUUAUGAACUGUCAAAUGAUAACGAUUGCUUUACACAAUUCCACCUCUGGACCCAUAAAAACGGAUGGCGCCGCCACCGUAACACGGUACGGACGUCGUCUUAGUUCAUUGUUAAAAGUAAUGGAUUCAUCCAAUGGUCUAAAAUUUAGAUUUAUAGACUUUAAAUGAUCUAUUGCAUAACUUUUCUAUUGUAAAAGGUUAAUUAUUGUUUAAUUUUACUUUGAAAUCGAUUAUCCGGAUUUUCGAUUAUCCGGAACACCCCUGGUUUUAAUUGAUCCGGAUAAUCGGGAUUCUACUGUAUAAUGAAAUAAUUUGAAUUUAUUAUUUCUUCAAUUGAAAAUUCAUAUAAUAUAGCUAAUUACAUAGCUUGUAAUUCUUGUGAUUUCUGAUCUGAUUGUAAAUUGUACAUAAUAUGGAAAAUAGAAGUAAUGUUUUGGAAAUCACUGUAGAAUAACAUUCACUCACAUUGCUCUGAGAAUGGAAAUGGAAGGCAUUUUUCUGGUACUAUAUUGGCUUAUGGUAAAUAUUUUAUUUAAUAUUAAAAAAACUAUCGUCAAUUUAAUUCUUCAUUAUUUCAAGCUUAAUGAUGUAUUUUGUGAUAUUUUUUUUCUAUUUUCAUUCCAUUAAAAAUGUGUAAUUUAUUUGUUUGUAAAAAGUAUGUUGAUUAUGUGGUUAUUCAAUGAUAUUGUUGAUAUGUAUAGUAUAGUAAUGAAAAAUAGAUUUGGUUAAAGGCAAGCUUGAGCUUAUGUUGAAUUAAGUCUUAUUUAUACCGGAUACUUCAUAAUAUUCAUUGAAUGAACUAUUCAUUUUUAAACAAAAAUCGUUUUUCAGCUCUCUUCUACUAUAAUUUCUUAUUGCAUACCUAUCUACGUCCUCAAUGUUAGAUCAACACCAGCAAGUCCCACUAAAUUAAAUUUAAACGGUUACUUAGGUAUUUGCGAUGGCUUGUAAAUGUAAAUAAGAACCAAAUUUAUUUAUUAUUGAAUAAAUAAAAUUAUUUUGCUUAUUA